GAUUUGUCGGAAGGAAGGGCUGCAGCUUUACAGCAACAGAGUUUAGACUGUCUUUGCUUCAUCAUCUGAAGGCAAAAUUUUCCAGCUACGGCAGACGACUCUCGGCAUACAAUAAACGGGGAAUGAGGACUAUUUACGUGGAAAUUUCUCCCUCAUGAUGCAGCGGAGAAGCCUGGGCUGCUUGAUUCUGCCAGAUAUUCCUGGGGUUACUGUAAAUGGGAAGGAGAGGCAGAGCUAAACAAGGUUCAUGAUUUAAAAGUGCCUGUGUGAAGUCCCCUCUGCUGGAGACUGCAGCCUGGAAAAUUUGUGUUCGAACCUGGUUUUCCUGUCAUCCACAUGUGACCCUGACCUGUACGUGGAUGAAGAUACCUCAGUUGUCUGACUUUGCCAAUUGCUUGAUUUCAGAAUUUAAAAAGGUAGAAGGGGGAAAGAAAUCCUCAGAGCUGAACAUCUAAGUGACUAAUUUUCCAAGAGCUUCGAUAACUGUGAGCAUCAGAACUAAAUAUUCUCCUGAGGAGUGCUAUGAUAUUGAAGUCACUUUAUUAAAAACAGGUGUGUCUGCAAACCAGUCAAGAGACUCGACUUUACAGCCAGAGAUGACACUGAGCGUGCUUUUAUGGCGACACACAGUCUUCAGGUGGGGCCUCUUGAUUGAUGAGUGACCGCCUGCUGAUAAAUUCUCUCCUUACUCUCUCUCCUGGGUUGGACUUCAUUAAGCAAUUUAUCACUUACCUUCAGACUUACAUGUGGGAUUUCCCACCACAAUAGUUUGAGGAGUCAUUGGAACUUGGAUUGAUUUCACCAUUUAACAGGAAACAACAGAAUCCAAAUCACUUAAUCAUAAUGGCUUUGAACGUAGCCCCGGUCAGAGAUACAAAGUGGCUGACAUUGGAAGUCUGCAGACAGUUCCAAAGAGGAACAUGCUCACGCUCUGAUGAGGAAUGCAAAUUUGCUCACCCACCCAAAAGUUGCCAGGUUGAGAAUGGAAGAGUAAUUGCCUGCUUUGAUUCUCUAAAGGGCCGUUGUUCAAGAGAGAACUGCAAGUAUCUUCACCCUCCAACACAUUUAAAAACGCAACUAGAAAUUAAUGGGAGGAACAAUUUGAUCCAGCAAAAAACUGCAGCAGCGAUGCUGGCCCAGCAGAUGCAAUUUAUGUUCCCAGGAACCCCGCUUCAUCCAGUGCCUACCUUUCCUGUGGGUCCCGCCAUAGGGACAAAUACAGCGAUUAGCUUUGCUCCUUACUUAGCACCUGUAACCCCUGGAGUUGGGUUAGUUCCAACGGAAAUUCUACCUACCACACCUGUUAUUGUUCCCGGAAGUCCACCCGUCACUGUCCCAGGCUCAACUGCAACUCAGAAACUUCUCAGGACUGACAAACUGGAGGUAUGCAGGGAGUUCCAGCGAGGAAACUGCGCCCGGGGAGAGACCGACUGUCGCUUUGCACACCCCGCAGACAGCACCAUGAUCGACACGAAUGACAACACCGUAACCGUUUGUAUGGAUUACAUAAAGGGGCGUUGCAUGAGGGAGAAAUGCAAAUAUUUUCACCCUCCUGCACACUUGCAGGCCAAAAUCAAAGCGGCGCAGCACCAAGCCAACCAAGCCGCGGUGGCCGCCCAGGCAGCCGCGGCCGCGGCCACAGUCAUGGCCUUUCCCCCGGGUGCUCUUCAUCCUUUACCAAAGAGACAAGCGCUUGAAAAAACGAACGGUGCCAGCACGGUCUUCAACCCCAGCGUGCUGCACUACCAACAGGCUCUGACCAGUGCCCAGCUGCAGCAACACACGGCCGCGUUCAUCCCCACAGGGUCAGUUUUGUGCAUGACACCCGCUACCAGUAUUGUACCCAUGAUGCACAGCGCUACGUCAGCCACUGUCUCUGCAGCAGCAGCUCCUGCAACAAGUGCCCCCUUCGCAGCAACAGCCACAGCCAAUCAGAUAAUUCUGAAAUAAUCAGCAGAAAUGGAAUGGAAUGCCAGGAGUCCGCAUUGAGAAUAACUAAACAUUGUUAUUGUACAUACUAUCCUGUUUCCUCCUCAAUAGAAUUGCCGCAAACUGCAUGCUAAAUAAAGAUUUAGUUCUUCUGGACAGACCACAACUCUAAGAAGCUAGUGCUGCUAUAUCAUAUAUGAGUAUUAAAUAUGGUAUGCUUAGUAUACUCCAACCUAAGAUAGUUAACUACCUGAGACCAGCUGUGAUGUUUAAAGACAUAAAGGAUCAAGUUUACUUUUAAAGGGUUUCUAAACAUAGUUUCUGUCCUAGGAAUAUUGUCUUAUCUCCAUAACUAUAGCUGAUGCAGAGAGUCCAACCAAUUUAAUCAUUUUGACACAGAAUAUUUCCAAGUUAGCAAUAAACAAUUAGCAGUAGUUUAAAAACCUAUUCCGAGGGCAGGUUCGAUUCUAACUCCAAUUUCUGUCAUUUCAUUCACCCACUGGGUCAAAGGGUAUGUUUCACUUCUCGACCAAACGAAUGCUGCAGCAAAGACGAGAAGUGAAGUAAAACUGCUACCUGUCCCACAGGUGUAAAAAAAAAUUGAAUGGAAAUUCAAGCACAAGUACUAAGGACACAUCAAGGUAUGGUGUUUGGUUUGCCUGGAGAUGCCGCAUUGAAUCACGUGAUUCUAGGAUAACGUUAACUAGAUUGAAAAAGAAACUUUGCACGGUAUGAGCUUCAUACCCCACCAAACAAAGUCUUGAAGGUAUUAUUUUACAAGUAUAUUUUUAAAGUUGUUUUAUAAGAGAGACUUUGUAGAAGUGCCUAGAUUUUGCCAGACUUCAUCCAGCUUGACAAGAAUGAGAGACCAUGCCAACAGUCUACUGGAAGGGAUUAGUCUUUCAAACUCACCAUCCAGUUGCCUGUUACAGAAUAACUCUUUGAAACUAAAAACCUAGUCCAACAAGGAAGCUGUAGGUGAGGAGAUCUGUAUAAUAUUCUAAUUUAAGUAAGUUUGAGUUUAGUCACUGAAAAUUGACUGUGACUUUAAUCUAAAUUACUAUGUAAACAAAAAGUAGAUAGUUUCACUUUUUAAAAAAUUCAUUACUGUUUUGCAUUUCAAAAGUUGGAUCGGAGGGUUGUAACUGACUACAGCAUGGAAAAAAUAGUUCUUUUAAUUCUUUCACCUUAAAGCAUAUUUUAUGUCUCAAAAGUAUAAAAAACUUUAAUACAAGUACAUACAUAUUAUAUAUACACAUACAUAUAUAUACUAUAUAUGGAUGAAACAUAUUUUAAUGUUGUUUACUUUUUUAAAUACUUGGUUGAUCUUCAAGUUAAUAGCGAUAAAAUUAAAUUUUGUUCAGAAGUUUGUUUUAAAGUUUAUUUUAAGCUCUAUCGUACCAAAUAUUUCAUAUUUCACAUUUUAUAUGUUGCACAUAGCUCUACAGUACCUGCAUUGUUUUUAAUUAUUGUUUAAAAAACAAAACAGCUGUUAUAAAUGAAUCUCAUGUGUAAUUGUUUCGAACAUCCAUUUUCUUUGUGAACAUAUUAGUGAUUGAAGUAUUUUGACUUUUGAGAUUGAAUGUAAAAUAUUUUAAAUUUUGGUAUCACCGCCUGUUCUGAAAACUAGAUACACCAACCAUAUCAUUUUUGUUUGAAGAAAAAGAAAUCCGCCAUUUUAAUUAAUGUUGGUCAGAGUCUAAUGACUAGUUAUCUUACAUCGUAGAUUUGAGAACCCUAUCAAAAGAAAAUCACAUUUUAAGUGUAAUCUUACAUAGUGCUUGUAUCUUUGAGUUUGUUUUAAUUGUGGAAAAGUAUUGUAUCUAACGUAUAUUUCUUUGGUAGUUUCAUCUUUAUGUAUUAUUAAUAUUUGUAAUUUUCGCAACUAUACAAUGUAGUUAUGCUACAACUUGCCUAAAACAUUCAAACUUCUUUUUUCCUUUUUAUUUUUUCUUGUUAACUCACUUAAACUCAUUGAAAACAUAUUAUGCAUUACUAAAAGAUAAAUUAUGGGAGUCACUGAAAUAUUUUUGUAGACUAAUUGUUGUAACAUUAUCUUUCUUUUUUUCUUUCAUUUCAUGAUUUUGACUUUUAAACUGAUUAGCACACAACUGUUUUCUGCCCUUUAAUAAUGGAGCAAAAACAUCACCUGCACCCCAAGCAAAUAUAGAAGACUGUAUUUUUACUAUGAUAUCCAUUUUCCAGAAUUGUGAUUAUAAUAUGCAAAGAGUCAUAAAUAUGCCAUUUACACUACGGAGGAGGCAAGGCAAAUGCAUAGAUGUACAAAUAUAUGUACAACAGAUUUUGCUUUUUAUUUAUUUAUAAUGUAAUUUUAUAGAAUAAUUCUGGGAUUUGAGAGGAUCUAAAACUAUUUUUCUGUAUAAAUAUUAUUUGCCAAAAGUUUGUUUAUAUUCAGAAGUCUGACUAUGAUGAAUAAAUCUUAAAUGCUUUGUUUAAUUAUAAAAACAAAAUCACCAAUAUCCAAGACAUGAAGAUAGCAAUUCAACAAAUACUGUAGUGAAGAGACGAACUCGCCACUUGUAUGGGAACUCCAUCUCACUCUUGGUUUUCAGGAUAUAACAGCACUUCACUGAAAUAUUCUUUCAGCCAUAUCACUGGUAACAUUUCUACUAAACCUUUCCGUAACACUUAAAGAAUUCCCUCAUUCAUUAUCUUACAGUGUAAACAGGAGUCUAAUUUGUAUCAAUUCUAUGUUUGGGUUGUAAUAUUCAGUUCACUCACCCAAUGUACAACCAAUGAAAUAAAAGAAGCAUUUAAAAGGA